UCACCUGUCUGCCCCCUGUCUGCUCACCUGUCUGCUCACCUGUCUGCCCCCUCGUUGAUGUCUGUUUUUAUAAACAUUUUAUCUUGUAUAUUCUUUUUUCUGUAAACUAUAUAAAUGUAAUUUCUUGUUACGUUUUAAAUAAUAUUUUUAUGAUUUGUUGUUUGGUUUCAUUUCUUCCUUGUUUAUAUUGAGCUUGAAGCUUCAUUCUUAAAUCAACGUUGUUUCUGGAGCUUUCAGCCACAUCGAAUGGUCUGCCUCAAUGGAGGGAGUUGCUCAGUUGUCAUGGAGAUGGUGAAGUUGUUAUCACAUGACUUAAAUUUGGACUUUUCACGUUAUAUCAGAUAUUAUAUGUUGUAUCUGAUUAGUUUCAGUCUGCUAAUCCACCGCGUUCAAUAUAUAAAUCAAUACUGUGUGAUCAAACGUAUAUUGGCACAAUUAACCCAAAACUAAUUAAAGGCCUAUUUUAAGUUCAUAAGAAAUGAAAUGAUGAUAAAAUGAUGUUGAAGUGUGAAUAUUUUUUCAAUAAACUCAAUCAAUAUAUCAAUAUAUCAAUCAGUAAAGUGAAAAUGAGUUUAAAUUGCAGGCUGUAGUCUCAUUUCUACCAAACUUCAGCAAAGAAUUGAACUUUUUAUUGAAAUAUUUUUUAUUAAACUGAAUAAAAUCGCCGUCAUGUGAAACUGGUUUUAAUCGUUUAACUUGUGACUGAAGCUUCAACAGUUUUCAGUUUUAUUAAUCAAUUACGAUUUAUUUAUUAAUGAAGUCAUGUUUUUAAUCCGUUUCACAACAUAAUUAUGAAUAAAUUCAGCUCCGUUUGCUUUUAAGAAUAAAGAAUAGAUGUUUAAGUCCAAACCGUUUCAGUCACUAAUAUUUCCUGUGAGUCUAAACGUCAGUGUUUGUUAAUUAUUAAUCUGAUCAUUUUGCUGGGUCAGCACUUUACAAGCUCGGUGCGUUUAGUCAGGGUCGGCCGGUUUUGGGGGGCGGAGCUUUCAGGUCGUCAGCUGGAGCAGAGUAACACAAGAAACUUCUUGGGUCCGUUUGAAAGUACUGCAACUACCCUGAACCCUGCGGGAGAAGAACUGAGAAACAGAGUGAGUGAGGUGACUCCAGACAGACAGGGGAUGAUGUCAUCAGUGAAGGUACAGUGUGUGGUCAAGGCAAGCGCUCUGAUUGGCGAAGGGCCGGUGUGGGAGGAGUCGGAGCAGACGCUGCUGUUUGUUGACAUCGCCGGGCGGAAAAUCCACCGCUGGAGUCCAACGACCAAUCAGAUCCAGUCUGUGGAGACAGGUGACACGGUGGGCUUCGUGGUUCCUCGCAGGUCAGGUGGUUAUGUUGCAGGUGUGGGUCGCAACAUUGUGGCUGUUGAUUGGUCGACUCAGACAAUGACAUCAUUGGUGGAGGUCGACGAGGACAAACCAAACAACCGACUAAAUGACGGGAAGGUCGAUCCGACUGGACGCCUGCUGGCAGGUACGAUGGGGAAGGAGGUGCGACCUGCGGAGGUUCAGAGACAACAAGGAUCUCUGUUCUCUGUGACCUCUGACCUCACUGUGACGAAACACUUGAACCAGGUGGACAUAUCUAACGGGUUGGACUGGUCUUUGGAUCAGAAGACGUUUUUCUACAUCGACAGUUUGUCUCUGACUGUUGAUGCCUUCGACUACGACUCACACACGGGACACUUUGGUAACCGCCGUGUGGUGUACCGUAUGGAGGAGGGGGAGGGGCUUCCAGACGGGAUGACAGUUGAUGUUGAAGGUCGUCUCUGGGUGGCCUGUUAUAACGGAGGACGAGUCAUCAACAUCGACCCUGCUACUGGUGUUCGGCUGCAGACGGUCUCUCUGCCGGUGACGAAGACCACCUCAUGUUGUUUUGGAGGUCCGGACUACUCUGACCUCUAUGUGACCUCAGCCAGUCUGGGCCUCGACCAAUCAGAGAGGAGACAGCAACCGCUGGCCGGAGACACCUUUAGGGUGACAGGACUCGGGGUCAAAGGUCGUCCUUCAAACUCAUUCUCUGGAUGACCUUCAAGAGACUCAAACAGCCAAUCACAGCACAGAACCUGCAGGAAGUGAUCAGCAGUUUGAUUGAUUAAUCCUCACUGUCAGAAACUGUUAGCUUACUGUUAGCUGUUAGCAAUCAAUAAUUAUAGAACUGAAUCAAUAAUAUUAUUAAUAAAUGGGUAAUUAUAAGAUGUAGCUUACAAAAUAUUUAAUUAUAAUUUAAUGUUGAUUUUCACAAAAUAUUUGUAGAAUUUUCUAACCGUUAAUAAAUAAAUAAAUGAUGACGAGACUGACAACCAAUUAGAAACAAGGAAACUGUGACACAGAUAUUCAGCAGCCAAUCAGAGUCAGCGAAUUAUUGCAUAUUCUGACAUGUAACUUUGUAUAAUGUGAAAAUAAAAUACAACUUGAAACACA